AUGGCCGGGCCCUCGGUUUGCUCUUUCUGCAAUCGGUGGUGGAGCACAUCAGGGGCACCUAUUUGUGGUCUUUGCAGAAUUGCACGGGCCGUAGCUGCCCUACCGCUUGACAACCGAGUUAACAAUACAAACUACGAUUUGGCCACCUCUAUUCUGGAACGUGCUUUGGGGGAGGUGAAUUCUUGGUUGGCUGUCCCGUUGGCAGAAGCCCAAGGGACUGUGGAGAACAUUCCUUCUCCUCCUGGAUCGGGAGCUGUUGAAGGGGAUUUGCACUCGGGAGAAGACUCUCCUAGAUCAAGGGACUUGGGAAAGGACAAGAGGUCAGAUCGUCAACAGGAAAGGAUUCGCCGCCCGGCAGCCUCAAGGGCGCUGGCAAAGUCCAAGCCAAAGGUGAAAGUUGCCCCCCGACAGUCAGGCCGAAAGCUCAAGAAGAAGCCAGGUCCGACCCGACAGUCAGGCCGAAAGCUCAAGAAGCCAGAUCCGGGUACUCACUGGGUUGCGGUAGAGAACUUCGAGAUCAAAAUUGGUGACCAGCUCCACCUGCGGGGCACCUAUAAGGGGAAGCCAGCAGAAUGCAUUGGGCAAGUGCAAGCUUUGGUUCAGGAUACCGAAGGUUCAUGGAUGCGCCUCUCCCUCACUGGAAGCCCCAACCCGGAGAUACAAGAGUGGAAACAAGCUCCCACAGGAGAGUUCUAUGCGAAUCGCAAACCCCUUGUGAAACCUUUGAGCACCGAGGUCGAGGGGUUGUUUUGUGUUCAAGACGUGAGAGAAGUAGACCCAACCUUAGAGUGGAAGUCAAAUCUGGUAGAUCUCAUUCGCCACGGCGCCGGAUUGCAGGGCUUGGAAGCUCUAGCCCAGGAUUUGGGGUACGGAUCGGGAGGGAUAGGACCCAUGGCCCCUCCUGUGCCCGAAGCCCGCGCUCCCGUAGAAGAACAAACCAAGAAGCUGAAAGGGGCCGCGCGCGUCAGAGCAAUGUUGAAACAGAGCCACUGGUCUUGGAGAAACUCAUCCCUAGACCCACUUUUCAAAAGGCCCAAAAUCAGCUUGAAAAGGAAGCGAGAGGCCAGCUCCGGCAGCUCCAUGUCGAAGCUGAGCCUCUCAGAAGCGGAGUCCGACCAGGAAGACUUGUUUCCGGAGGAAGCGCAGGCCAAGCAUAUCGCGCGGAAGUGUCCAGGCCUGUUAGCCCGGCAUGCCAUGCGGGCGGCUCACAACAGAUUGUGCAUGGGGGUGGGGGAGGAUGCAAGGAAUCGCGAGGCGCGGCCAGUUUUCGUCAAAUACUUUCGUCAGGUGUUCAGUCCCUCGUGCAACUCGCCCCCCAUGAGGAGGGAGUAUCUCACGUUAGCAACUUGCGUGGACUGUAUCGUCGAGGGCAGUGUUUUGAAGAUGGUGGACUACGCAGUCCAACGCAUGAAGGCGCUAGAGCAGAUAGCCCAAGGUGCCUCACCUCACCUCGCCAACCGACUGGAGUUGAUCCCUGCGGAGGUCUCCGCGCUGGCAUCCACCGAGGAAGCGCGCUCAGCCGCGCAGGAACAAAGGCGAGAGGACAAAGCCAGGUCCUCUUGGGCACCGCGCGGCAAGGGAAAGUGGGAUCAGCCCUGGGGGAAAGGAGCUUGGGAAGAGUCCAAUCCCAAAGGUCAAGGAGUGAAUGGUUCUCUAAUCGCAGCGGCGUCAAGCCGGGUUCCGAUUGAGGACUAUUGGAAAAGUCGCAGCGUGAACGGCUAUGGUGAAGAGAUUCAUUCUGCGUCUUAUUUUGCGUGGGCCAACGUGAAACACAGCUUGCCCAGCAAAGAUGUGGCGGGGAUUCUUGAUGGGGCUGAGGUUUCAACAGGUGGUGUCAAAGAUUUUCUGAUGCACCCUGAAAAAUAUCUCAAGCCAGAGGCCACGCGAACAUGGAUGAAAUGCCCGAGGGUCAUGGUUAAGGAGGAUCAGUGGGAAGAGGUUUGCGCAGGCCUUGUGGAGAGAGGAGUUUGUGAUGUAAUUCCUGUCAGUGAGGUUCUGCAUGUGGAUGGCAAACCCAUCCUGGGCGGCCUUUUUGGCGUUCCCAAAAUGGAGGAGGCAGAUGGGGUUCCAGUGUUGCGUCUCAUAAUGGACCUUCGACCCAUCAACCAAUGCUUUGAAUCCAUUGCUGGAGACUUGGGAACCCUUCCCAUGCUUAGCCAACUCUUCCCCUUAGAAGUGUUCACGGAAGAGAAUGUCCUCUUGUCUUCGGAGGACAUAAAAGCCAUGUUUUACAUCGUAGGUUUGCCCGAAGUGUGGCGUCCCCUCCUAGCCUUCGGGAGGGAGGUUCCAUCAAGCCUUGCUAUACCAGGAGCAGGGCCCUGCGUGCUGUGCAGCCGUGUGCUUCCAAUGGGCUUCAUAAAUUCCGUUGCAGUCGCUCAAGCGUUGCACCGAGAGAUCGUCAAUUGCGCAGUUGAUAGGUUUGGCAUAAACCGAGAUGCCGAAAUCCGUCGUGAUCAACCGCUUCCCUCUAGUGCGACCGCUUAUCGCGUCUAUUUAGACAACUUCGAUGUGCUUGCAAAAACAAAUCGGGAGGCCUCUCUUCUCCUUGAAGGACAGCUGGGCCCCUUGGCGUCCGAACUUAGGCAAGUGUAUGAGGAGUUGAAAGUUCCAAUCAACGAAAAGAAAUCUGUAAAAUCCGGGCUGCGGGGUGAGAUGCAAGGAGCAUUGGUAGAUGGGGUGCAAGGCCUGGUGUACAUCUUCAGCUACCGGAGAUGCUUGAUGAGCUGCCUUAACGAGGUUUGGAGGUUCAUUGCAUCUUUUGAGGGUCACCUCCACCAAUGGAAGGAAAUCCCACAGGCAGUCAAACAGGAACUCUUUUGCAGCAUGUCGUUAACCCCUUUGGCAAUGAUGAACCUUCGAGCUCCCUAUGAUGCAAUGGCCACGGCCAGUGAUGCAUCAGAAUCGGGUGGAGGUUUGUCGUACACAAGCGGCUUGACACCGUUUGGGGCAGCAGCCUCAUUGAAGCCAGUUAGAGGGGUAACUCAUAGAACUCCGGAUGAUGAGCAGGUCCUGGUUGUUUCGGUGUUUGAUGGCAUUGCAGCGUGCCGUGUAGCCCUGGAUGUGGUGGGGGCCCAGGUGGCUGGCUAUGUGUCCAUCGAACCGGAUGCUGCCGCCAGGCGCGUGGUGGAAUCAGCAUUUGGGUCCACUGAGUUUGUUGAUGGAGUGCAAGAUGUUACAGAUGACACAGUGCGUCGUUGGGCCUGCAAGUUUUCGAGGGCUGGGCUCAUCCUGCUAGCGGGGGGUCCCCCUUGUCAAGGGAUUUCAGGCCUGAACGCUCAGGAUGCACAUGCAAGGUUUCACGAAACCUGCAACAGGAUCCGUGAGUUGCUUGCAAAACACUUCUCUUGGGCAAAGGUUCAUGUCAUGCUGGACAGUGUUUCCUCGAUGCCAGAUGAAUACAGAGCACGCAUGACUAAAUCCAUUGGCUUGCUGCCUUAUCAAGUGGAUGCUCUAGGCAUAACGCCUUGUCGAAGGGCACGCUUUUUCUGGUUCGACUGGGUUGUCAAAGCAGAAGUAGGGGUCGCGAUCGCAACUCCUACGUCCACGUCAUCGUGGGAUUAUGGAAAGCUGGAUUUUCAUUUGGAUUGUCCCUCGGACGCAUUCCUGUCUCCAGGAUGGAAGUUGGCGGGAGGAAAGCUCAAAGACUUGGUGGUCAAGCCAGCCACCAAAAACCGCUAUCAAUCCGCCAUGCGGCUUUUCUUUGAGUAUUUGAGAUGGAACCGCAUACCUAUGCCCGCAGAUGCCUCUCAAGUCGAUCGAGUGGCAGCACAGUACAUAGAACACCUCUGGGAAGAGGGUGAGUCCAAGUACCUUGCACAAGACACUUUGUCCUCCCUACAGCACUUUGAGCCACAACUAAAACGUAAGCUACUCGAGAGUUGGCGCUUAAUCCGCGCUUGGCAGCAACAUGAAAUUCCCACACGAGCACCUCCGUUGACCUUAGUCACUCUUGCCCUGCUGGCAGGUUGGUUCCAACAUCAUUUCCCUGAGCUUGGCCUCAGCCUUUUAGUGGCCUUUCACGGCUUGAGCCUACCCGCAGGGCGGGAAGUAGAGGGGGACGUGGAAGGCCCGAGAUCGAAGAUCUCCAGGCCCGAGAUCGAAGAUCUCCAGGCCUUACAUCACAUCUGGGAUCAAGGCUCUUUGAGUACGCUGAGCUGGGUGAGCUCGAUUUGUAAAGCUCUCGUGGAUGGCACCUCUCUUUCUUCCCUGCAGCUCUUCGGAGUGGUCCUUCUGCGGCCCAUAAAGCUGAUGGCCCGAACCUGUGGACAGCGAGCAGCAGAGGAGCCUCGUGCUGCCUUAGAGCAACUCGUCGAUGAGAUCGUCGAGAAGCCUGAGGAGCUGCUGCCAGCCGGUUUGGCGAAGCUCCAGAAAUGGCUGAAGUUUCCCAGCCAGGGCUACGUCCCAACCAAGGAUCACCUCAGAGGGGAAUUUGCCAAGCGAUGGCGAGAUGGGAUCGAGUGGGAAGGGACCGAGGUCUGGAAGGCCAUUACCGACCCACAGACGGUGGCCACGCUGGGGCAGGUGAUGAAGCGCCUCUCCGGCGGGGCCAAGUCCAAGCUGUAG